AUGUCCAGCGAUCUCAGCGAAAAGCAGGACGAUACACUCCGUCCGACUAAGACGGCUGAGAGUGUCCUCCUGCCUCUCCCGCGUGAUGUGUUCGAGAAAUUGUACCUAACUCCCAAGCAUCCGUCGGUCGCGGGCGACUUGCGGAAGAAGCUGGGAAACCCAACGCCAAUCUGUCUGAUGGGGUUUUUGGUGGCCUCGACGCCUAACGCGUGUAUCUUGAUGGGAUGGCGUGGUGCCGGCGGGCUUGGUGGCGCAAUUAUACCGGUGUAUAUCUUCUUUGGCGGCAUGGUGCAGGUCAUCGGUGCCAUCGGCGAAUGGAUUAUUGGGAACACGUUCUCUAGUGCUGUUUUCUUUACAUAUGGGACCUUCUGGAUCGUACAAGCUACAACAUUAAUGCCCUUCUUCGCUACCGGUUUACAAUAUGCGACCUCGGGGAGUAAUCUUGAAGGCAUGGAGACACCAAUGUUCCAUGCUACCGCUGGGUUUUACUACGUCGCUCUUUCCGUCGUCACCUUCGUGUACCUGAUCUGUUCGAUUCGAACCAACGUCUGUCUGUUCGGGGCGCUGUUCCUGCUCGUCAUUACGUUUGGGUUGUUCGCCGGGUCCUACUUCCAGCUGGCUCUGGGAGCGACUGCUAUGGCAGAGAAACUGCAAGUGAUCGGCGGAGCAUUUAAUUUUGCACUGUGUAUGCCAAUCUGGUACAUAUUUAUCGCCCAGCUUCUGGAGUCUGUCGACUUUCCAAUUGCUAUCCCGGUGGGGGAUUUAAGUACGGUCGUUCUGGGACGGAGCCAGAAGUCGAAAGCGCGUCAAGAAUAG